AAAGCUGCUGUGGGGGCGAUCAAAUCACACAUCUGCACCUUGGAGACGACAGCACGCACACACACGCACACAGCACGCACACAAAGACACCUCUGGACGGACCCUCCUCCAACACUCCCAGGACUCUGUUUUCCAACAUGCAACUGCAGGUCACGUUACAGCUACAGAAGGUCAGGCAGGUGCCAGCGAGGAGGGGGCGCGUGUCCAAUUUUUCCAAGGGCUCAGGUGCUCCUCUGUGGGCUUGGCUGCUGCUGAGCACGUUGCUGGCUCCUGGAGCCUGGAGCCUCCUCAGUGAGGAGGAAGAGCUGCUGGUGGAGCUCCACAACUACUACAGAGGGCAGGUGUCCCCGAGUGCCUCUGCCAUGCUGCCCCUGAAAUGGGACCCGAUGCUUAAACUGGUGGCUGAGGGCUACGCCGCCAAGUGCAUCUGGAACCACAACCCAGACCUGGAGGACACCGGAGAGAACCUGUUUGCUGGCACUGGACCCCUGGACCUGCGGGUGGCGCUGGAGAAGUGGUUCCUGGAACAUCUCUACUAUGACUUCCAUAACAACAGCUGUAAUGACGACAAGAUGUGUGGACACUACACACAGAUGGUGUGGUCGGAUACUCACAGGGUGGGCUGUGCCGCCCACCUGUGUAACAACAUGGAGGGCCUGGCAUGGGAGAAGAUCUCUUUCCUGGUGUGCAACUACUACCCAGCUGGGAACUAUGAAGAAGAGCGCCCUUAUGUGGAAGGAGACUCUUGCUCCCAAUGUCCGGAAAAACUUCAAAAAUGUGAAAACAACCUCUGUGUUCCUGACAUGGAUGACAAUGAGGGUGGAGAGGAGGAAGAGGAGCAGACUAUUUUUCAUCUUCCUACCACAACAGUAGAGUCAUACCACCAGGGGGACAUCACCACCAGAACCAGCAGAACUAGCAAAACCCCCCGUCUGCUGCUGACCGACACUCUUCCUCCUUAUCACGUGACCUCCGAACCUAAAUUCUUCUCAGGUGAGGAGGAGAAGGAGGAUGUGCCUGUUCUUUCUCUCACAACAACAGAGACAUACCACCAAGCGGACAUCAUCAGCAGGACAAUCCCUCCCCCACUGAGUUCCACUUCAGCCCAGCGGAAAGCAGCCAUGAGGAAAGAGGAAGAUUUGAAGGGAGGACAGCAAGAAACAAGAAUGGACGGGUUACCAAUCAUCACAAUAUCUCACAAAGAGAUGACGAGUGACGCUUCAUCACCAUCACCAUUUCCGCUAAUGCUUUUUCCUUUACUCUCCUUUACCUUCUUCAUCCUCAGUGGGCUGCCAUAGUGAGGAUGUGGACAAAACAUGCGCACAAAAAAAUACUACUAAUAAAAAGGUUGGGUACCUGUUAUGAUAAUAUGUAUACAUUUAUUGAAAAUGUACUUCAAUAUCGUAAUAAUAAUUAAAAGCAGCAUUGUGAUGACCACAGUUUGGAGGUUCUGGGUUUGAAUCUCAAUUUAGGCUCUCCAGUGAGGACUCUGCAAGUUUUAUGAGGCAAAUUGGAGCGCUAAUGAGCAUGGAUACGAACUAACAUGGUGAGGCAACUGGGCAAGGGUGACAAAUUAUUUUGUUGUGGAUUUUUUUUUUUCCCAGUUAGCUGCUAAAUGUAAACUUUUCUGUGUCUAGUGUCCAUUUAAUAAACUGGACUGACAUGGCAGGACCCUCUAGCAGGAAAAACAAACUACAAACAGGAAUUUAUAAGUAUUUUGACAUUUUUACGGAUUAUUUCUGAGUUUGACGAGCCUUCUUUAAGGUCUAAAGUUAAAAAAACGGGAAGUAGGUGGCAUGAUGUGUAUAAGUUAAUGGAGUGCGUGUCUGAUGAGCUUGGUGCCUCCUCCCAGUGCAAGCCUCAGCCUGCAGCACGCAGAACUUCAUUGCCAUAAACUGGUGACUUAAACAAUAAAAUACGUUUAUUGUCUCAGAGGAAA